CCCGUAUAAUGAAGGAAGUGAUGGAUGGAAAACUCGACAAAAUUGUGCUCCAAUCACGGAGGUGAAAAAAAAAUCAUAAGGAAAAUAUUACCUUAUUUCGCAUUCUCCUUUUCUCUUUUCAGGCCCCUAUAUACAAAAUGUUUGGGGUAUUACUAUCGUAUGUAUCACGGGGAAAGAAACUGUGGUUAGGUUUCUAGUCUACUAAGGACGAAAUGUAUUGAUUUACCUGAUAGAAGAUAUCUGAUCUCCUAUUUGGAGAAAGCGAUUUUUUUGUAAGGAUUGAUUGAGCUCAACUGUUGAAAUUUUUUAGUGAAAUCGAAGGGCUAUGCCGGUUGAGUAUGGAGAUCAGAUUACAAUAAUAACUUUAUCAAAGUCUAAUUAUGCAACGGAGUUGAAGAAGAGCUUGAAACUCCGAAUUUAAUUUGGUUGGUUGACACUUGACAGCUCUAGGCUGGAGCUUAUACUGAUGACUGAUAUUUAUUGGGCUGGGGAGUAUAUACUAUACUUCGGAAAUGAUCCAAGUGCACGUGAAGUUCUGGGAGGAAAGCCAGAUUAUCUGACAUACACAAACUAGACAGCCACAUUAAGCUCUCAAGGGAUAUUUUGACUUGACCAGGCAAAAUAGCACGUGGACAACAACUCUACAAAAUGUAAGCAUGUUUCCAGAUGUCUUAAUUGAGCUCUUAGUUCAUGAAAACUAUUCCAAAUCACGUUUAUACAUCUGAGUAUCUGACCUGGAUUAGAUCAAGAUUUAGACCUUAUUCUACUAUUUCACAGUUUGGGUAAUUUUGUACAAGGUUUAUACCUUAUUCUCCCCCUUUCAGUUUGGAUCAGGAUUUAAACCUUAUGAAGUCGCAAAUGAGCCCAACAGGUUAAUCUGUCAUGCCCAAGGGGCAGCUUUUGAAUUAAGAGAAAUUAGAGAGGUCAAAGUGUAAUUUUUAAUUGUAAGGCGCUGAUUUCAUCAGCUUAAUUACAUUGUUCUUAGGGAGAAAAAUUAAAGAUCUGAUCUUCCUCUUUGUUUGCAUCAAGAAACCGCAACCCCCUUUGAUCUUACUCUUUCGAUAAUAUCAUCAACUCUUCCGUCCCAAAUUCGCAUCAACAUGAGGCCAGAAAUCGCCUAUCUUGGGAACUUGCCUUUUGUGAUGAGGCCAGACCUCCCUCCGAGAGAGCGGGUGGUCGAGAUCCUAACUGAUCUUGGCAGCUUCUAUCAAGCAGCAGCAGAGUUGUCGGAAGCUGUCGGUCCCUGGGAGCUGGAGCCGCCGCGGGUAGACUCGGCGGUGCGGCAGAUUGAGAUUUACCACCAUCCUCUAUGGCAGAGGUACUACAAGGAGAUGCACCUCACCCACGGUUUUGGCAUGAAGGUGCCUCCCUUUGAUUAUUAUGAUACCUACUCCGCGACAAUCUUGCCCUAUAAAUUCACUGAAGCUGAUGGAGUCACAACCUCUGCCGAGAUCAAUGAGAUGUGCAAUAAAUGCCUUAAAAGGUUCAUAGAGAGCCAUGAACCGUGUCAGAAUUCCAGUUUGUUGAUUUCAUGAUUGAAAAGAUGGGUUGAAUCGAGGAUAAAACUUUGUGGAAAUUACUGUUUUGUUUGAAAACUUUGCUCUUUAUAGUUAUAAUACUCUUUUCGUCCCAUAAUUAUUGUCCGGUUUGGAUUUUUAUUUUUAAUACAAAUUGAACUACAAAUGAAAAUUCAAAU